AUGAUGUCAUCUCUGGCCCGACGAAUGGCCACCUCUUCGCUGUGCGGCGCUUCGCAGACCCAACACUCGGCCACGACGUCGACAGCCCUGCCCUACCCGACGCGCAUGGAAAAGGUUAAGUUCGGCAUUCCUCUGGAGACGGUGUGCGGCGUCCACAACGACAUCCCCGGACCCCUACUCGUCAUGAUUCUGAAGCUCAACAAAGAGGCGCCGUUCAAGAAGGAUGUGUUCCGAGCGCCCGGACAUCAGGCGAAUAUGAAGAAGUUGGUGCACUUCCUCCAGAACGGACGGCUCGUCAAUAUUGACAACUAUUCCGUUUAUACGAUCGCUUCUGUGCUCAAGAAGUUCCUGCGAAAGUUGCCGUCCGGUGUGUUCGGCCCCGAGAGGGAGAGCCGUCUCUUUCAGAUCAUUGAGUGGCAGAACGCCGACGACAAGCGCCAAGAGAUGCACCGAAUCCUGACAUCACUGCCAGUCGUGACGCAACACCUUCUGGUGCUUCUGUUCGGGACCUUCCGAGCGAUGGCCACGUCUUCA